AUGGAGUUGAUGAAGGAAAAAUUUGCAAAGUUGCUCCUAGGUGAAGAUAUGUCCGGUGGUGGAAAAGGUGUUUCUUCAGCUUUGGCUUUGUCAAAUGCCAUUACAAACUUAGCAGCUUCUGCAUUUGGAGAGCAGAAGAGACUUGAACCCAUGGCACCCGAUACCAAAGCAAGAUGGAAAAAAGAGAUAGAUUGGCUCUUAUCUGUCACCGAUUACAUUGUUGAAUUUGCACCUACAAAACAAACGUCAAAAGAUGGAGUCAGCAUGGAGGAGUGUCUAGACAAUUUUAAAGACCAAACUGAGUUCUACUAUGCAUCAAAGGAUGAUGAGGACUCUAAGGAUGUAAAGAACAAAAGAAAAGACGACAAGUGGUGGAUUCCAGUCCCGAAGGUCCCACCAAACGGCCUCUCUGAGGCCACGAGAAAAUGGUUGCAAUAUCAAAAGGAUUGCGUCACACAAAUACUAAAAGCGGCCAUGGCUAUAAAUGCUCAGGUCCUUGCCGAAAUGGAAAUCCCGGAAAAUUACAUCGAGGCGCUACCUAAGAAUGGAAGAUCAAGUCUUGGUGAUUCGAUAUACAAGAGCAUCACGGAUGAUUUCUUUGAUCCAGACUACGUGAUGUCUACCUUAGACCUCUCCACAGAGCAUAAAAUCCUCGACCUCAAGAAUAGGAUAGAAGCAUCUGUGGUGAUCUGGAAAAGGAAAAUGCACGCUAAGGAUAGCAAGUCAUCUUGGGGCUCGGGCAUCAAAUCCGAUAAACGAGAACUUUUCGAAGAUCGAGCAGAGACAUUUUUGCUUGUCAUGAAGCAUCGUUUUCCUGGACUUCCCCAAUCCGAACUUGACAUCAGCAAAAUCCAGUACAACAAGGAUGUAGGUCAUGCUAUCCUCGAAAGCUACUCAAGGAUCAUAGAAAGCUUAGCAUUCACUGUCCUCUCGAGAAUAGAUGAUGUCAUGCAAGCUGACAAGCUUGCACGCAAUUCAGUCUCCGAACAAAAGAAAACAGAACGGAUGGACAAAAUCCCGAGCUCCAAAAACGAGCCCGAGACCCCGACAUCAAAGACCCUGCUCGAUUUUAUGGGCUGGAAUUUGGAUCGUGAGGAUGGCGAGGCCCAGGACUCUGAAAUCGAGCCCGUUUUGACCAAACCUCUCAACAAGCCUGAAAACAUUAUAACGAACAAGAAGGUAUCUUACAUUGAGAGACUACAAAAUCUAGGCAUGCCCAGAAGCCCGACAGAACGCCAUUAACACUUAAAAAUUAUAUAGAUUUCCCUCUGAGGUUUUGCCUAAUCGACAAACGCCCCUUAAUCUAUAUUUGUUUCCCUUUAAAUCGGGCCCAUUUUUUUUUUUUUUU